CCGGCGGGCGGCGCUCCGGCACGCCUCCUCCUGGUCCCAGCCCGCCCGCGUGCCGCCGCGUCCUGACUCCAGCCGCCUCCUGCUCGCCAUGGACCCCAACUGUUCCUGCGCCGCCGGUGGCUCCUGCAACUGCGCCGGCUCCUGCAAAUGCAAAGAGUGCAAAUGCGCGUCCUGCAAGAAGAGCUGCUGCUCCUGCUGCCCCGUGGGCUGCGCCAAGUGUGCCCAGGGCUGCAUCUGCAAAGGGGCCUCGGACAAGUGCAGCUGCUGCGCCUGAAACCGGGACGGGCCCGCUCCCACUUCCAGAUGUAAAUAGAGGACGUGUACAAACCCGGAUUGUUUUUUUUUAAACCUGCAAAUCUGACCCAUUUGCUACAUCCCUUUUUCUACGAAAUUUGUGAAUGAUAAUAAAAGUUGUUGAUUUUA